AUGGCUGACCCUAUUUCUAUCUCAUUUGCUGCAAUUGAAUUGAUUAAACAAUGUGCCAAAAUAAUCAAAGUAAUCAAAGAUACCGUGGAAACGGCCAGAUCUGCCAAGGAAGCACUGAUGGAGUUGCUACGUCAGGCAGAGCGAUUUCGGGGCCUCUUGCAAUUAGCACGCUCGCUGGCAGGCCAAGCAAGACAUGGUUCUUCUCCUGGUUCUCUGUUUCAAUUCAAUGACAGCAUAUAUAGACAGACCCUACGAGAGAUCACAAUCUUUGUAAACGAAGUUUCGAGAGUAACAGGCGACUUUCGUGGUGGAGUGUGGUGGAUAACCCACAAAAAACAAGCAGAUGGGCUGGUGAGCAGGAUGGCGACCCAUGAAUACGAAAUUAAUUCUUUACUUCAAUCAAUCGCAGCGGUCACAUCUCUGAGGACCUACGACGAAGUGAAGGAACUCAGCGAGAGAGUGAUUUGUCAAAUGGAAAUUACCACUCCUUUCGAGAAUUUGUCGGUUCAAGGUCCUUCCCAAUCGCCCACAGGUGAUUUAGAUUUCCAAGAACAACACUUUACUUACUGGCUCGGGGAAACUUUACAACUAGACAUUGAAAAUGAAUAUCUUGAUAGACGGACCAAGCUUUCCAAUGCCGCAUAUUGGGGUGAUUGGGAUUCACUCUUUCAGAUAAUCCAUGAUGCACACGCGGAAUUCUCUGAGUCCUGGAUCAAUUGUAUUCGAUUAAGUAAGGAUAUUCCCAAAGUCUAUGGAUUGACUUCAACUGACUUGAUUAUCAAAGAGCCGCAAAUAGAAGCCGACAAGGUGUCUGGAUGGACUCCACUUCAUCAGGCAGUAUAUAUGAAUGCUUCCAUUGAUGUAGUUGAAAAGAUGAUAUCUCUUGGAGCUUGGAAGGCUAUCCGAACAUUCUGGACUGAUGACGGGGAAUUCCCUUUCAAAAAUAUGACUCCGCUCGAGAUGGCACGCUCUCUCGGCUUAUCGCAUCUUUUUGAAGUUCUGUCUCCAGUCAUACGGCACAACAUUCCAUCGGAAAUUUUACAAAUAUUGGAAGAGAAUUUUCAUGGCUUAAUCCGCGCUGAUCUGGGUAAUCUCAUUCUGGCCAAGACACUGCGUCUACCCAAGUUGAUAGUCCUAAUCGAACUAAAUACUCCGCAAAUGUGGUUUCCAGUGAAACUAGCCAGCAAUAGUCUGCAGGGCUAUUUCUGUAUUCUUGAUCAACGUGAGUUAGUUGUCAAGAGUUUAGGAACGCAUAAGUCUGGACAACCUCAGCAAUAUCGCAUAUCGGAAAGUGGGGUGUGUGAGAAUUAUAUCCAUUAA